AUGUCCAGCGUCAACGCGGAGGUGCCCCGCCGCUUCCAGGAGCUCACCUUGUACAGCGGCUACGGGCAGCCRCCGGUGGCUCAYCCCCGSUUCCGGACCUCCAACCAGACCUACGGCAACAAGGCCCCCACGGUGCAUGAGCUGCCGAACUCGUACCACCCYCUGUCGCACACGUUUUCGAAUCAUCUGGGCAAGAUUGGCAUGAGCAGGAGACACGGCCUGAACACGGCCGUGGAGACGAGYCACUGCACGGGCUCCGACACCUUCAUCACCGCCUACGAGCACAUGGACUUCCACCCCAGCUACAACCCCAACGGCCCCUCGCACUGCAGGGACCAGCCCUAGCGAGGACUCGAUAAAGCCACUGCAGCUUUGCUGGGCUCGGGAAAAGCACCUUGAGACUAAAACCAGCCAGCCUUGAGACUAAACGGAACACUCYAGCAGUACCCGUUAGGAGUAAUAUAUUAAAGAUUUAGUGUGGUUAAAUGUCAGUUAGGUAGCUCUGAAGCCUUUUACCUAAUUUAUCUGUAGCAUAUAAAUACUAGGACAACAUACAUUACUUAUGUAUAUCCCCCCCUGUCAUUAAUAAUCCUUUACACUCCUGGCUCAUGUACCCYGUAUCAUUAAAAAUUAAGAUUUAAACUGCUUCUCUACUAUUUAAUGAAUAAUCAAGCUUAAGCUUUUCAGAGGUAUUCAUUAACCCUUUAGGUUUCUUGUAGAAAGUUCACAUUUCUUCUCAAAACAACAAAGUUUUAAGAAAUUAUUCAAAUAAUGACAAGUGAUCAAAAAGAACAUUUUUUUUAAGUUUUAUUGGAACAACUGUAGUUACAGGCAGAGAAACUGCAUCAGUUGGACACUGACUGCACUGAAAGAACAUCUGAAUAUUUUUGGGUCAAGAUGAGUUUUUAAGUGAAACUACUCUGCCUGUUUUGGGAUGAGAAACAGUCCCACCUUAUAGGUGUAACAUAAAAAUAAAAAGAGCAUAAUAUUAUUCUGUUUGCUAAAAAUAUAAAUWAUGAGUGUAACAUUAUGUCCAAACACAACUGCAAUUGAAAUAUUCCCUAUUUGUGGCAUGUGGUUAUCUCAAACAUAGGAAUACCUGGGUAAAUUCCCCUUCUGCUGCCAACACUCCAACACCUUGGGAYAGAUAAAUAAACUGAGCAGAAAUGGGCCUGAAAAGUUAACAUUUAAAAGAUUUAACAUAUGAAAAUAAAUAASCAACCCUCUCUCAUUUGCUAUUACUCCUGCAUUAGACUCUGGACAAUACCUGGAGCUUCUUAGAACUUCCCUUUCUUCUCCUGAAAUGAGAAAAUACAAAGUGCUGAAUCAAUAGUUGUGACAAUGUUACAUGUAUUUUUACCCACAGAUUUUUGUGCAGGUGGCAUAAUUUAGGGAUAAGGCUGCCUCUUAAAAAYAUAAAUGUAGUGGAUUCUGUCACAUAUUUUCCCACUCCAUCUGAAAACACCCACCUCUUCUUGCCUCAAUUUCUUCCAAUUUUAUUCUUGAAACCAGUUCCUUUGAAGAGUUUGGUAUGCAGUGURUCUAAAUGUUCAACCAAAUACACUUUUUUAAAAGAAAUACCUGUACAACUUCAAAAUCUCAUCCUAAAAAUGACACCUCUUACCAAACAGAAUCUACCUGAAACAAUCUCUUUCUAGUCUGUCUUUUGAAAGGAAGAUUUUCACGUUUGCAGAUAAAAUGAUGUGAGGGAGGCUGAAUUAUCACAAACUGAAGGUAUGAAAAAUUUARAAGAUUCUCCAUUAAUAAAAGAAAUGGGGGCAGGGAGGGUGUGCUCCUGCCUUGUAUAAAGAGCAGCUAYAUGUCAAAACACGUGUUCCUAAAAUAACAGCAAAAAUGUGGUAAUAAAAAAUUAAGGGAGUCCUUGGGGUCCCUUGAGGAUCCUUGAAGAUUGUUCCCAAAGCACACAAAACCAGUCACUGGGGUAAAAAAUKAAGCAAUAAACCUCUUUUCAGCAGGGCUGUGCACUCUGUGCC